AUGUCAGACCCAUCCCAGACGGCGUCCCGUUUCACGCCGCAGAACCAAACCACGCACGAGCGGCUGUCGACAAAUACGGUCGGCCUCGUUGCGCUCUCAGAUUUUCGCAAGCGACGCGCCGAGGUCCUCGAACAGCAGGAGCGCGAAGCGCGCGAGGCAGCUCUUUCGACGCGUGCGAACGCCUCUACACCUGACCGGUCGCUAACUACAACCCCGAACAUCGCGAGCGCCGAUAACAGUGAACCAGAAAGACAGAAAAAGAAGAAAAAGCGGGCGAAGGCACUGGUGUCGUUUGGAGACGACGAGGAAGAAGAGGACGUGGCCGGGCCAAAAAUUGUUACGGGCCAGGGAGCAGCAAAAAAGGACAAGGAAAAAGCCGCGGGUAACGAUACGAACAACGAUGCAGACAACAACGGCGAUACUGGAGUGGAGAGUACCUCCGGCGACGAUCACGACAAACGGCGGAAAGUGCCCGCUAAGGUCGCGGUCAACUCCUCAGUCGGCAUUGUGCCGCGGGCACUGACGAAGGCUGCUCUACGAAGGGAGGCUGCGGAGAGAGAGGCCUUACGCAAGGAAUUCCUCCUUCUACAAACUGCCGUCAAGGCUACCGAAAUCGCCAUCCCCUUCGUUUUCUACGACGGGACCAACACCCCCGGAGGUGUCGUGAGGGUCAAGAAAGGCGAUUUUGUCUGGUUGUUUCUGGACAAGAGUCGCAAGGUGGGCGCGCAGCUUGGGGUGGGUGCGGACAAAAGUGCAAAUGCCAGGCGAGAUUGGGCCCGCGUAAGCGUGGACGACCUGAUGCUGGUGAGGGGCACUAUGAUCAUACCACACCAUUAUGAGUUCUAUUUCUUCAUCAUCAACAAGACUAUGGGCACAAACAACAAGCUCCUCUUCGACUACAGCGCCGAAGCUACGCCCACACACCCUACGGCUGACGGACCUGGUGCAGCUGGCAUUAGCCGCGCGCCUGGUCUCUCCGAACUCGAAGGGGUGUCGGAUGACCCCACCAUCACGAAGGUGGUCGAUCGGCGGUGGUACCAGCGUAACAAGCAUAUCUACCCAGCCAAUGUCUGGCAGGAUUUCGACCCCGAGAAGGAUUACUCGAAGGAUAUCCGGCGCGACCCGGGAGGCAAUGCCUUUUUCUUUUCGAAAUAA